GGGGCUCAGAUUCCUGUCAGCGGCGGCGGCGGUGGCGGCGGCCGUCAGUGUGCGCUGAGGAGAAGCCCGAAACGGACCCCUUGGCUCUCCGUCUCCCCUUCCCCGUGCGAAACCUUCUUCUCUCUGGACUCGUCGGGAGUCAGUUCUCCACUCCGCAGAGCUGGUCUCCACUCCGCCGCCCUUCUCGUCACUCGGCCGGGUGGGAAGUGACUGCCCUCGAGGAGGAGGAGGCAGCGGCUGCCGCCCUCGCCUCGCCGCCCCCGGUUCGGUGCCCGAGGAUCCCGGAGAGGAGGUGCCGCCGCCACCGCCGCUCCCCCCCUCCCGCUGCCCUCGGGCCGGGCUGGGUCGAGCUGCGAUGCCCUCGGACUUCAUCUCAUUGCUCAGCGCGGACCUAGACCUGGAAUCGCCCAAGUCCCUGUACUCGCGAGAUUCUCUGAAGUUACACCCAUCACAGAAUUUUCAUAGAGCUGGACUAUUGGAAGAAUCUGUCUAUGAUCUUCUCCCAAAGGAGUUACAGUUACCUCCACCUAGAGAAACAUCUGUAGCAUCAAUGAGUCAGACAAGCGGUGGUGAGGCAGGCUCGCCUCCUCCAGCUGUAGUUGCUGCUGAUGCUUCUUCAGCUCCCUCCUCUUCCUCCAUGGGCGGUGCUUGCAGCUCCUUUACCACCUCUUCCAGCCCUACCAUUUAUUCUACCUCAGUCACCGACAGCAAGGCUAUGCAAGUGGAGAGCUGCUCCUCAGCCGUGGGGGUAAGUAACAGAGGGGUAAGUGAAAAGCAGUUAACCGGUAACACAGUCCAGCAGCAUCCAUCAACCCCGAAGAGGCACACAGUUUUGUACAUCUCACCACCACCUGAGGACUUGCUGGAUAACAGUCGGAUGUCCUGCCAGGAUGAGGGGUGUGGAUUGGAAUCUGAGCAGAGCUGCAGUAUGUGGAUGGAGGAUUCCCCCUCCAACUUCAGUAACAUGAGCACCAGUUCCUACAAUGAUAACACUGAGGUACCUCGUAAAUCACGAAAACGAAAUCCAAAGCAGAGGCCGGGGGUCAAACGACGAGAUUGUGAAGAAUCUAAUAUGGAUAUAUUUGAUGCCGACAGUGCCAAAGCACCUCACUAUGUGCUUUCUCAGCUUACCACGGACAACAAAGGCAACUCAAAAGCUGGAAAUGGAACAUUGGACAGCCAAAAGGGAACUGGAGUAAAGAAGAGCCCUAUGUUGUGUGGACAGUAUCCGGUUAAAAGUGAGGGGAAGGAGCUGAAGAUAGUGGUACAACCUGAAACCCAACACCGAGCCCGGUACCUGACAGAGGGCAGCCGAGGCUCUGUGAAAGAUAGAACACAGCAAGGCUUUCCUACAGUGAAGCUGGAAGGUCAUAAUGAACCAGUGGUACUGCAGGUAUUUGUGGGCAAUGAUUCUGGUCGAGUAAAGCCACAUGGAUUCUAUCAGGCCUGUAGAGUAACUGGGCGAAAUACAACUCCCUGCAAAGAAGUGGACAUUGAAGGUACCACUGUUAUAGAAGUCGGUCUUGAUCCUAGCAACAACAUGACACUGGCGGUGGACUGUGUAGGAAUAUUGAAGCUGAGGAAUGCCGAUGUUGAAGCCAGAAUUGGAAUUGCUGGUUCUAAGAAAAAGAGUACUCGUGCCAGAUUGGUUUUUCGAGUUAAUAUCACAAGGAAAGAUGGCUCUACUCUGACACUGCAGACACCUUCUUCUCCCAUUUUAUGCACUCAGCCAGCAGGAGUUCCUGAGAUCUUAAAGAAAAGCUUGCAUAGCUGUUCAGUGAAAGGAGAGGAAGAAGUGUUUUUAAUUGGGAAGAACUUUCUGAAAGGAACUAAAGUUAUUUUCCAGGAAAACGUUUCUGAUGAAAACUCUUGGAAAUCAGAAGCUGAAAUUGACAUGGAAUUGUUCCAUCAGAACCAUCUUAUUGUGAAGGUUCCUCCAUAUCAUGACCAACAUAUAACUUUGCCUGUGUCCGUGGGAAUAUAUGUUGUUACCAAUGCUGGAAGAUCUCAUGAUGUCCAGCCGUUCACUUACACUCCGGAUCCAGCAGCUGGUGCUUUGAAUAUAAAUGUGAAAAAGGAGAUCUCUAGUCCAGCGAGACCUUGCUCUUUUGAAGAAGCCAUGAAAGCAAUGAAAACAACUGGAUGUAACGUAGAUAAGGUAACUAUCCUUCCUAAUGCCCUGAUCACUCCACUCAUAUCAAGCAGUAUGAUUAAGACUGAAGAUGUUACUCCAAUGGAAGUAACAUCAGAGAAAAGAUCUUCCCCAAUUUUUCAGACUACAAAGACCGUUGGAUCAACCCAGCAAACUUUAGAAACUAUUUCUAACAUAGCGGGGAACACAGCCUUUUCAUCGUCAUCUUCCCACUUACCUCCUGAAAAUGAAAAUCAGCUUCAGCCCAAGGCAUACAACCCAGAGACCCUGACAACUAUCCAAACACAAGACAUCUCACAGCCCGGAACUUUUCCAGCCGUUUCUGCUUCUAGUCAGCUGCCCAGCAGCGAUGCACUACUGCAACAGGCAACACAGUUUCAGACAAGAGAAGCUCAGUCCAGAGACACAAUACAGUCAGAUACAGUGGUUAACUUGUCACAGUUGACUGAGGCAUCACAGCAGCAGCAAUCCCCACUACAAGAACAAGCACAGACGUUACAGCAGCAGAUACCAUCAAAUAUUUUUCCACCGCCAAACAGUGUGAGUCAGCUCCAGAGUACUAUUCAGCAGCUGCAAGCGGGAAGUUUCACAGGCAGCGCUGCUGGUGGCAACGGUGGAAGCGUUGACUUGGUCCAGCAGGUUUUAGAGGCACAACAGCAGUUAUCAUCUGUUCUGUUUUCUACUCCAGAUGGUAAUGAGAAUGUUCAAGAACAGCUUAAUGCAGACAUUUUCCAAGUCAGUCAAAUUCAAAAUAGUGUAAGCCCUGGAAUGUUUUCCUCAACAGAGUCUGCUGUUCACACCAGACCAGAUAACUUACUACCUGGGAGGGCUGACAGCGUCCAUCAACAGACUGAAAAUACACUGUCCAAUCAGCAGCAGCAGCAGCAGCAGCAACAGCAGCAGCAGCAACAGCAACAGCAAGUGAUGGAGUCAUCAGCUGCAAUGGUGAUGGAGAUGCAGCAGAGCAUUUGCCAAGCAGCUGCCCAGAUUCAGUCAGAACUCUUUCCUUCAGCUGCUUCAGCAAAUGGAAGCCUUCAGCAAUCUCCAGUUUACCAGCAGCCUUCUCAUAUGAUGGGUGCACUGCCUACCAAUGAGGACAUGCAAAUGCAGUGUGAGUUGUUUUCUUCUCCCCCUGCAGUUUCUGGAAAUGAAACUUCCACAACCACCACACCACAGGUUGCAACCUCUGGCUCUACUAUGUUUCAGACACCAAGUUCAGGAGAUGGAGAAGAAACUGGAGCACAAGCAAAACAGAUGCAGAACAGUGUCUUUCAGACAAUGGUCCAAAUGCAGCACAGUGGGGACAGCCAACCUCAAGUAAACCUCUUUUCAUCUACAAAAAAUAUAAUGAGUGUUCAGAAUAAUGGUACUCAGCAACAAGGGAAUAGCUUGUUCCAGCAAGGGAACGAGAUGAUGUCACUUCAGUCUGGGAACUUUUUGCAGCAGUCCUCUCAUUCACAGGCUCAGCUCUUUCAUCCUCAAAAUCCUAUUGCUGAUGCUCAGAACCUUUCCCAGGAAACUCAAGGUUCAAUUUUUCAUAGUCCAAAUCCUAUUGUCCACAGUCAGACUUCCACAGCAUCCUCUGAACAACUGCAGCCUUCAAUGUUUCAUUCUCAGAAUACCAUUGCUGUAUUACAGGGCUCUUCAGUUCCUCAAGACCAGCAGUCACCCAACAUAUUUCUUUCCCAAAGUUCUAUCAAUAAUCUUCAAACUAACACAGUAGCCCAAGAAGAGCAGAUUUCAUUUUUUGCAGCACAGAACUCAAUUUCUCCACUUCAGUCAACAUCAAACACUGAGCAGCAAGCUGCUUUUCAACAGCAGCCUCCAAUCUCGCACAUCCAGACCCCUAUUCUUUCCCAGGAACAGGCACAACCCUCUCAGCAAGGUUUAUUUCAGCCUCCGGUAGCCCUCGGUUCCCUUCCUCCUAAUCCAAUGCCUCAAAACCAGCAAGGCUCAAUUUUCCAAACACAGCGCCCAAUAGUAGGCAUGCAGAGUAACUCUCCAUCCCAGGAGCAGCAGCAGCAGCAGCAACAACAACAGCAACAGAGCAUUUUAUUCAGUAAUCAGAAUGCCAUGGCUACAAUGGCCUCCCAGAAGCAGCCACCGCCAAACAUGAUAUUUAGCCCAAACCAGAAUGCAGUGGCUAGUCAGGAGCAGCAGAACCAGUCAAUUUUUCACCAGCAAAGUAAUAUGGCCCCAAUGAACCAAGAGCAGCAGCCCAUGCAAUUUCAGAAUCAGCCUACGGUUUCCUCACUUCAGAACCCAGGUCCUACGCAAUCUGAAUCACCACAGACCUCCUUGUUCCAUAGCUCUCCUCAGAUCCAGUUGGUUCAAGGGUCACCUCGGUCUCAAGAGCAGCAAGUAACACUCUUCCUCUCUCCAGCAUCCAUGUCUGCAUUGCAAACCAGUAUAAACCAACCAGACAUGCAGCAGUCUCCUCUUUAUUCCCCGCAGAACAACAUCCCUGGAAUCCAAGGAAGCACUUCUUCACCCCAGCCACAGGCUACUUUAUUUCACAAUACGACAGGAGGCACAAUAAACCAAAUACAAAAUUCUCCUGGCUCAUCUCAGCAGACUUCAGGAAUGUUCUUAUUUGGCAUUCAAAAUAAUUGUAGUCAGCUUUUAACCUCCGGACCAGCUACAUUGCCAGAUCAGCUGAUGGCCAUAAAUCAGCCAGGCCAACCACAAAAUGAGGGCCAAUCUUCUGUGACAACACUUCUUUCUCAGCAAAUGCCAGAGACUUCCCCACUGGCCUCCUCUGUGAACAGCAGUCAGAACAUGGAAAAGAUUGAUUUGCUUGUUUCAUUGCAAAGCCAAGGGAACAAUUUAACUGGCUCCUUUUAGUGAGAUAUAAAUUCCAUGAAGAAAGUAAUGGUGAUUCCAAGAUGUCCUGAGAACUGUGGUUCCGUGAAGAUUAUUGAACUAUUAUGAAGAACUGCGUUUUGAGUAAAUGUGGAUAGAUUUCUUGGCUGUAAGAGUACACCCAUGCUGCCUGUUGCAGUGAUUUGCCACCAAUGUGCUUUUUGUUUCUAAUAACAGUGAUGACUGAGAGUGUGUUUGGUUUUCCAGCUGACAAAAUUGUUGCUUUUGUCCUCUGUUCUUAACUGCAAUGCUGGGCCUCUCAGUUAUUAUUGCUAUUAGGAAAUCAUAUUUGUCAUGUUUACUUACAUUCUUACUUCCCUUCCUGCAUUAGUUUUCCUGCAUUAGUUUAGUCAAAUAGUGGCUUAGGACAAAGUAAAGUUCAGUAAUGACUAAGGCUGUGCUUUUGUUGAUGUAAAAAACAUGGCUGUUGGCCAAAGUGAAGGAGUUUCUUUCAGUUUUCAUGGAGAAGCUGAAGGAGUAGUUUAGCUGUAUUAAGAACUCUGCAGAUACAACGACUCCUCCCCCCACACACAAGCAGAUGACAUGCUUGCAAAACUGGGUACAGCUGGUAUGUUACUGAGUUCAUUUUUCAGAGAUUUGUUAGUUCUCUGUAUUUCUACUAAGGGAUUUAGCCAUAACCGCAUAAAAAUAUUUUGUUCUAUGAAAUGAAGGGGGUAAUAUAUGACAUGUUACCUUCUCAGAUUCUCCUCCAGUAGCUUAAACUGACAGAAUUUUGAGCCUGCUGUCUUCUUGCCCAGCAUCAGGCUAGUAUUCCCUUCUCAUGUGCAUCACCUGUAUUGUCUGCAGUUUUUCUUUGAAGUUUUAUUCAUAUCCUACUAGCUUUAUGACCCUGUAGGAAUUAGAGAAGGCAGCCACAUUAAUCCAGUGACCUGGCAGUCAGCAGCACAGGCCAGGAAUACUCUUUUAGGAGUUAUUGGGAUUUAAUUCCUGGGGAAAAAAACAAUUAUCUUUUUUUCUUCCAUGAACGGUGCUGUUCUGAAGUCUUCAAAAUUUUCCCUCUAAUGACAAAUAGCAGUAUACAUUUUAAUUUUACAAACAAGGCAAACAUAUAUUUCUCAAACUCUCAAUUCUCCCCGAGCUGCGUGACUAUUUACGUGUCACCUCAGUGCUUUACAGUUGAAAUGGUCACUUAUGUGGUGGUUCCCACAGCCUUGGGCUCUACAGGGUCAUAUCAUUGAUUUAAAAGGAAGAGCUAAUGUGUUGCAUCUACAGAGAGCAAAAUUACACACUCCAGAACUUGCAUUUGUAGCAUUAGUUGUAGAGUUUUGGGUGUCCUUGCCACCCGUGGGGUGCCUGCUUGUCACCACCACCUACAUCCGGACACAUGCUUAAGUCUCAUUUAUCUUCGGCAUGUGGAAAGUGUCAAUGCAGCGUUAAGCAUCGUGUAUGCAGCUUCUGUAUGGUGAUAUAUUUUGGAUUCCUGUUCAAUUCUUUUACUUUCUACGCUUUUAAAAAUUAGCCAGUUCAUGGUUGUUGCCUUUUUUCUUAGUUUUCCCUUCAUUUUUUUCUCCCCUGUCCUCCACAUGCGCUGAACUGUGUGGAGCUUGGUGUUGGUUUAGUUUAUAUGGCCAGAUUCCCCCUUGGGGACUCUUCCUUUUUAUUUGACUGUGGUUCUUGUCAUUUGCUUUUUCUCUCUGUCCUUCUCCCUCUGCCCUGGCCCUUCCUUUCUCUUUGAGAGGCAUUGGAUUACGUUUUCAGUAGUACAGGCUUCUUGCCAAUAUGAAGGGAACUUUCCAGAAAGAGACCUACUCUGGUCAUUUAAUUUUGAAAACAGUUUUCAAUCGUUCAAGUUUUGGAUGGUUUAUAUCUAAUGUGUGUUUCAUUUUUUUGGAAAGCUAUAUUUUAUAUUUAGGAAAUGGUAUACUAUUUUGCUAUUUGUACUAAGUGAGUACAUUGGCAUAAAUAUAGAAAUUUAUAUAUAUAUAUAUAUAUACAUAUAUAAACUAUUCUUUUUUUGCCACACAUUUUUGUGGUAAAUUUGUGAGUUUGUCUGAUGUUCUACCACAACGUGGCGUCUGAUAACAGUGAGGGGGGGGUUGUUAUGUCUUUCUUGAGUAUUUAAGCACCUUUUGAGGCAAAUGGCCUGUUUAUCUGUAGCCAUUCCAUCAGGCAGUUCCUCCAUGUUACUAGGGAGCUGAAGGCGACUUACUGUGUUUGCGGGAUCUUUCACUCAGCGAGAUGUUAAAGAGCAAGGAAGUUCAUUUGAGGCAGUGUGUCAAAUGGUGUUUGACAAGAAUGAGCCACUCUGUCUUUGUUCACUAUAUAUUUAAUAUUUUAUUAUUGUUGUUGUUCUUAUUAAUUGGCUUUCUGUAUCCUAUGCCUUUUAUUUAUAAAGACACUAAAAAAAACCAUGUUUGUAAUUUUAAUAACAUUUCCCCAUCUUUUAAUAUCCAGAGAUACUUUAUAAAUUCUCUAACCAAAAGUAUUUCCUCAAUAUCUCCUUUCUUCCCCCAGUUCCUAUAGGGAAAAAAUCACCCAACAUAGUUCGGGUUACAAGAAGGGGCAGCCACACAAUUCAGUGCUUCAGACUUAAAAAGUAAAACGGACACCAGAGUGUUGUCUGGAGCAUCAUAGAAAGCAGACGUAGCAGAUGGUAGGAAAAACAGAAGUCAAAGUUUAAAACCACAUUUACCCCUGAGUCUUCUGAAUUAUUUUGUGACAGCGUGUAGAAGACUCAGGAAGUCUUUGUUCACCAAGAUCAAGCUAGAAUGUUCGACACUACGUGCCAUGGAUGAAGUGGCAGCAAGAAGCCUGGUUUGUGUGGCGGCUUCUAGGCGUUGUGUACUAGCAGCUUAUCCUUAUAAAAUGCUGAUUGGCAAUGCCAAGUCACCGGGACCAAUUUCUGUUUUAUAAUGUUUAAGUUUAGAACAGAAUAUCACCUGAACUAUAGUGCUUUGAGUGGAUGGAGAUAGAAACUCCCAUUUUCGGUCUCCUCACCUCUGUGGUUAUUUAUACAAGGGCUGUGCUGUGCUACCAUAUUCCUGCUCAAAUAUGAUGGAGUUUGUUUGUUUUCUUACAUUGUUAAAUGUUCCUUGCCCCUAAAGGUCCAUGCUAAGUACAAUGUUCUGAAAUAUGAUUUGGUUACAAAAGGUAUUUGUCUUCUUAUCGAAGAACUAGCUCAGUGGUUGAUAUUUGUGCUAAGAGUGUGGCUUCCCAGUUACAAGUUACAGCUGCCAAUGGGAAGACUCGGUAAGCCAGCAAGGCCUUGGGAAUCAUGAUUUAUUAAAUUUAUAUCUGGCAGAAGGACCUAAAUAAACUGUGAACUACAUUUUAUUCCUUCGUUACAUUUGGCUCUUGCUUUCAGCAAUUCACAGAAAUGCUUGGAGCGUUCUCUCUCUCUCUCUCUCUCUCUCUCUCUCUCUCUCUCUCUCUCUCUCUCUCUCUCUCUCUCUCUCCUCCCUCCUCUCUCCCUACUCCCUCCUCCUCCCUCCCUCCCUUCUUCCCUCUCUGCCUUUUCUCCCUCUCCCUCCCUCUCUUCAUCUCUCCCUCUACACCCUUCCCUUCCUCUCUCCCUGCCUCCUUCCUCUCUCCCUGCCUCCUUCCUCUCUCCACGUGUGUGUGUGUGUGUGUGUGUGUGUUCCUUGUCAUUUCACACCAAAGAGAAGACAUUAGAUACUUUGUUCCUAAGCACUACUGUGGGCUUUUCUGAUUCUAGCAUAUUGUUCCUAUUUGGUAUUUAGCCAGUGUAGAUCUAUCUUACCCCAUCUCCUUAGACCAAGUGUUUAAAGGGCUUUUAUUAAUAGAAGCAGUAUUAACAAGAGGCCUCUUUCCCUCCCUCCCACUCUCCCAUCCUUCCUUGCCCCCUCUUUGUAUAAUAUUGUAAGUUAUAGUUUAUAAUUGCAUUAGAGUAGAUUUAUUGCCUGUCAGAAUUUUGACUAAUGUACCCAGAAAAAAUAGAAGGAAAAAUUGUGCAUAUGUCCCUUCAGAAUGAAAGGAUAAUUCCUUUUGACCUUUUUGAGUGUUUGUUUUUAUUUUUUCAGCGAGGUUGUACUAUGCUGCCCAGUCCUGGGCCUGCUGGUAUGAAGCACCUUACCUGGACCCCUUUUUUAAACCAGUAUAAAUGCUUGUUUUAGGAAAAUGAAAUCUGUCAGCAAAUAAAAACCUCAACUGAAUAAUUCUCUCUCUGUUUUUUUUAAUUAUUUUUGUAUUUUUUUUCUGUACACUGUCACUGUCUUCAGACAUACCAGAAGAGGGCAUUGGAUUCCAUUACAAAUGGUUUGUGAGCCAGCAAGUGGUUGCUGGGAAUUGAAUUCAGGACCUCUGGAAAAGCAGUCAGUGCUCUUACCCACUGAGCCAUCUCUUCAGCUCCUGAAUAAUUCUUUUUUUUUUCCCCUGAAUAAUUCUUAAAUUCAGCAGAGUUAUACUUAUUCCUAGGGCUUAGCCUGAGAAUUUUUCAUUUUCCUAGUAAAAUUUUUUGUUAUCCCUGUUUCCCGAUUUUUAAUUAGUUAAAAGUUAGGGGACACCUUGUGGCUUUACUUUGCAUCUCUAGCACAGGUUCUAACUCUAACCAAGAUGGCUUAUUAACCAAUGUAAAUUAUAUCUGCCUGCUUUUGGUUACCUGGAGGGGAUCAGUGAAGGAGAAAAACUAAUUCAGUAGACAUAUUAGAGGAAUAACCCAGGCCUUGGAAGUAGAGAGUUUGUCCCCAGCACCACCAAAAGGGAGAGAGAGAAAGAUGUUGGAUAUACAUGCUAGGAAGAGGAUCAGCACUCAUGGUCCAUCACACGUCACAUGGUAUACAUGCUAGGAAGAGGAUAAGCACUCAUGGUCCAUCACAUGGUAUACAUGCUAGGAAGGAUCAACACUAACCAUCUGUCAUACACACUAAGAGCUUUCCCAUCCUGCUGCUUUUGUCACUAGAGCUAAACUGGAAGUGGCAUUCAUGAUGCAGGAGAUUGACUCUUUUUAGUAUCAUUUGUAAAUUAUCCCAAUACCCUAAUUACUUUUUAAGUCUCUAUUUUCAUGCCAUUCAAAGCCUCAUAUAUUAAUAAAGUUCUGUUUUUACUGCUCUUGCUCUUUCAGGCAAUUUUUUACAUUAAUAUUUUAUAUGUAGAUUAAAUGUUAUAGAAAAGUGCCUUUUUACCAUGCCAGUGCCCCCUUCUUAAAACUCCACCUUCCACUUUUGCCAAAAUUAUGUGAAUUAUGUGAGUUAUGUUAUAUCAGGUCCCAAGUUGUACCUUUUCCAGGUGACCAUUCUUUUCUCCAUUUCUUGGUCACCAUGGAUGACAACUUUGUCAGUUCCUUUGACUUAAAAAUAAUAGAGAAAGUGCUUUGGCAGAAUUGCUUGGGAAAGUAAGUGCAUACUGUUCAGGCUUGCAUGAAUCAAGUCUAAUUUUCUCAUCCCAACAAAUUAUAGAUGGGUCUCGCCUGAAUAGGAAUAAAAAUUUGGUUGUCUAUGAGAAUUCAUGCACAAAAAUGUAUGCUAAAUGUUUUAUUUUUUUUUUAUGUUAAAUGUUUUAAAGGCACUACUCACAGCCUCUUCUCUGAUCCUAAUUAACUGGAGGGGGGGAGUGCAGUCACUAAAACAUAGGUUUUGUAAGGCCUGGGGGUAACAUUGAUUUUUUUUUCCCCUAAAUAAACGUGGCAAAGUAGUUUAUUUCUUAUCCAUAGGAACUUUAGUUAAUUGACUUUGGAAAACUUAAUGUCAGAAAAAACUUAGAAGUCCUUUGAGUCAUGGGAAAGCUAAAGUAAUAUCUUAGUGACAGAAGUGGAUUGAGCGUCCUGGUUUUUUCCAUUUUGUUUCUGAUCCAGCUCCUUGUAGUGGUGCUUAAAGAAAGGGCCGUCAGCAACAAAUGCAGACAGUAGUAACUGAAACUCUGGAACAGAACUGUGUUCCAUGCAGGUGUGUGUGUAACUCUUGGUGGACUGGAGACGACAUACUUAUGCAGUAUUUUUAAUACUCUAUUGUGCACUUUAAUCAUUCCAAACAAAGCCAAGAAUACAUCUUAACUAUUCAGAAUACUGCAUAUUUAUUUUUGAUAGAUGGCUUGGUGCGUUAGGUGCCUGCUUAUUUAAAGUAACUUACAAUAAGUGUGAAAUUACUAUUUUCUAAAUCUAAAGGACUUAAGAUCUUGAAAUGUAGCUAUAGGGAAAUGACUACACUUUGCAGACCAUUUUAGAAAUAGUCAAAUGUUUGACUGACUGAUGAGUAUGUUAGAGUGCUACUUAGAACUAUUCCCCUUCCUGUGUGUUUCAUGUCCGUUAUAUAAGAAUCCUAUAGUGUAUAGUUCCUACCCAUGUGGUUUAUGCAAACCAGUAUGGUCCUCUGCCCAGCAGCUAGCAUCAGUAUGUGCAGGGAACUAGUUAGAGGUGCACACUCUUAGGCAUUAGCCCAGGCAUACUGAUUAGAUCUGAAGAGGGGCCCAGCAGUCUGUCUGACCCAAGCUCCCAGGUGAGUCCAGUGCAUCUUUAGUUUCAGAGCCACUUGGGUGAGCUCGUCUAGUGAAAUCUAGAGAAUUUCUUCCCCACUCUUAAGAGAUAAUUACUUCUUCUUUAUGUAUAUUCAGCCUUACCUGGUUAUCUGUGAUCAUUUAUCAACAUAAUAAUUUAUUCUCAGUACUGCCUAAGAAAUGCAUGUGUUAUAUGAAUAUAUACACUGUAGUUAUUAAUAAUUCAUUUAACUUAGUUUGGCAUUUCCCUACCACUGUCUAAAAAGUUUACAUUAACUGACUGAUUUCGAUAUAUAGGUGCAAUGUUCUGUCUUUCUUUGUUGUGACAUUUACUUAGCUAAAAUAAUUGAUGGGUGCUACAGUCUCCUGUUUAUGCAUAACAUGGGUACAUUGUGGGCAGUGUAAUACAAGCUUUCUCUUUGUUGCCUCUUAAUUUACCAGCAGACCAUGGUUUUGCUCUGGCUAGACCAGCUCUCAGAACAGAAUUGCCAUUCCAUACCAUUUUUCUUGUUUCUGAGAUCUCAGAUAGAUGACUGGCCAGGCCAACAUAGCACCUUGUUUAAUUUCUUCUCUUAAUAGAUUCUUUUCAAGUAGCUUACUUGGCAUUUGAACACUGCAGUCAAGUGAUGAUUCUCCUUGGAACUCAAACUUCAGAUGAAGUACUUAACAAAAUAAUAAGCCAGUGCAUUUUAUAAUUUGGGUAUCUCCCUUCUCAGUCGUGAGCAUAUUAAUAAAUACAAGCUAAGCAGGGUUUUUUUUUUCCUUUAGAAUUCAGCACUUCCAUCAUUAAUCUUCCUUCCACUGUUUACAAAUCACUGAUGAGUUAACUCAUGAAAGAGAUAUUCACUUUUCAGAAUAAAACUAAAUGAAUACUUGCUUUCUGAGAAUCACUGCUUUUGUUCCACACUAGCAGUACUAAGUGGCUUACUCUUCAAACUGGUGCUGGAAAGUAAGUAGGCAAGUUGUUGGGAUGCUGUAGACAACCUCCCUUCCCCAUCUGUCACUGGAUCCAGAGUAUUCUACACAAUUUAUUUAACCCAGGUUUGUAAUACCUCUCUUAAAGAUCCUGCAUUCAACCUAUGUCACCCCUACCUGCUCUCUCACACUGGUCCUUCCUCUCCCAGAACCCACCCCAGCAGUAAUAAUAUGCAUGGUGUGUAGGGGUGGCCUAUUGUUACUCUUAGCUAGUGAGCCUCAGGAACGCUCAUACAUAACUCAUACAUAACCCCAGAUGCUUGCAAGUGAGUUGAGAAUCAAACUUCUGUGACCAAUAAAAACCUGUCCUGGUUGGAGUUGGAGCUCAGUGAUGGGGCCUGUGUAUACACAAGGGCAAGGUAGGUGUGAUCCCCAGUACCAAAGAGAGAGAGCAAGAUAGACAGAGAGAAGGAAAAGAAAGAAGGAGCUGUCCUGCACCGAAGUGAUCACAGUUUCACUCAUUAGAGACCUUCUGCAGUGCUAUUGAACUAACCCCGUCUAUCUAAUGAAUGUAUCUGUUCACCUUGUUCCUCUACGGUAAGCUCCAAGGGAUUGCUGCUUUCCUGGCAACUUGACUGAGUUUCACUCUCUACUUUUACUUUCUGUUUUAAUGAGUAACGUGGAAUAUUUCAUUAACAUGUUCUCAAGUGAUUUAGCUGCCAUUCUGCCAUUUUGAGUUGUGUUUAAUUUUAUCUGCUUGAGCACACUGAUCAACCACUGACCUGCCUUCUUGCAUUGUCCUGCAGUGACGUAAGGGUGACAUUGUGUAUAUGGCUUCAUAGUUGGAAUUUCAGAGCACUGACACCAGAUAUUCUCAGUUUGUUCUCUGGGGGAAUUUCAUUUGCAUCUAUGUUUUUAGCUAUCUGUGAUAACUUGUUAAAUAUUAAAAAGAUAUUUUGCUUCUAUUGGAACAUUUGUAUACUCGCAAUUAUAUUUCUGUAAACAGCUGCAGUCAAAAAUAAAACAUUGAAAGUUUUCA